AUGCCACCACGAACGAAAGCGUCCUUCGGCCUCACCAGCCUGAUAGAAUCGGACUCAGAGCCAGAUAUGGAUUCAUUUGAAUUUCAAGACGCCCAGCCUGCACAGCAGCCCAUCUCUCCUGCUCCUGCUCCGAAGCGUGCAGCUCGAGGCCGUCCUCCAGCCAAUAAGAUUACUAAACCAGCACAAAGACUGAAACAGCAAUCCGUUGUUACGUCGUCAACUACUCGGAAAGCCCUGGAGGAGAAAAGUUCAAAUACCAUUAGAGUCUCAAAAGCGCCAAAGAAACAAGAUCAAUCGAUUAUUUCCAAUCAAGUGCCGGAGAAACCUGCACCGGCUCGACGCGGAAGGCCAAAGAGAUCAAGCGCAAAUGACGCGCAACAGCCAACAGAACCUCCAGUCAAAGCCAAGGCAAUUAGAACAAGUGGCCGUCGAGCAGGGGCAAACGGUAUCCAAGCCCAAGAAGAGACAUCCGGGACGCAGGAGAUGGACGUCGAGGAUGUAGAAAUGCACAGCAAGAUCCAGGCGGAUAAAAGUCUUCAGCAUCUCGACGAGCCUUCAACGGAAGAAAUUAUCGUUGAUCAAGUGGAUGACCUGGACGAAAUCGACAGUGCAUCGAUGAGGAGGCACUUGGAAGAACUGUCGAAGCGAUAUGCGAACUUGGAAGCUAGGCAUAGAGACUUGCGCGAUGUUGCGAUCAAGGACGCCGAGAGGAAUUUCGAGCGCCUAAAAACACAAGCAGAGCAGAGCAACGAAUCCGCCAAUAAACUCAUCGAGCAGCUCAAGGCAGAGCUUGCAACCCAAACAAUAUUGGCAAAGCAGGGCAAAGCCGCACAGCACAAACUGGACCUGAGCGAGGCGAAAUGCGACACUUUACGAACCACGAUUAAUGAUCUGAACACGAGCCUAGACGAGGCCAGGUCAGAGAUCAAGACACUGAACACCAAGCUUGUCGCCGCUCGAAAUGCGGAGGCAGCUUCCAGGGUUCCUCCUGGCAGUGCCCUUAAAUCGACAACGGCCGCCAGUCGACAGGCCUCUUCCUCGGCGGCGCAUGCGGCGCAAGCAAAGGAAGACCUUUACACUGAUCUCACGGGUCUUAUUGUUCGAGGCUUCAAACAGGAAGGGGAAGAAGAUGUAUUUGACUGCAUUCAGACAGGCAGGAACGGAACUUUGCACUUCAAACUUGCUGUAGAUAGCAUUGAUUCGGUCGACAACUUUGAGGACGUGAAAUACAAAUACCGACCGCAGCUGGAUAGUAACCGCGACGGUGAAUUGAUGGAUCGGCUACCCAAUUAUUUAGUGGAUGAUCUUGCGUUCACACGGCCACAGGCUUCAAAUUUCUACGCAGUUAUCGUUAAAGCUUUGACAGAAAGCUUCUUAGCUAUUGCUAUUGUCUUCCAUCUUGUCUACCUUCUUUCCAUCUUCGAUGUAUACUUUGUCAGCCCAAUUGUGUCGGGCAUGCGCCUACACAAAGUUGAGCGAGCUCCGUCCACCAAGGCCCCCGCCGAUAGGCUUGUCCUCUUUGUUGGAGACGGAUUGCGCGCCGACAAGGCUUUUCAGUCUUUCCCUGAGCCAUAUCCUAAGACCGACGACGAUUUAGUCCCCCGACCGUUAGCCCCCUUUCUUCGUUCUCGAAUUCUUGAACAUGGAACCUUCGGUAUUUCGCAUACACGAGUACCAACCGAGUCUCGCCCCGGCCACGUCGCUCUCAUCGCCGGUCUCUACGAAGAUGUCUCAGCUGUCGCAACAGGUUGGAAAUUGAAUCCUGUCAACUUUGACAGCGUCUUCAAUAGAAGUCGCCAUAGUUGGAGCUGGGGGAGUCCAGAUAUUCUUCCCAUGUUUGAGAAGGGUGCGGUUCCAGGCCGGGUGGAUGCAUAUAUGUAUCCGCCAGAGAUGGAGGAUUUCUCCCAGGGUGCUUUGCAGCUGGACUAUUGGGUAUUUGACCAUGUCAGGGACUUUUUCUCCGAGGCAGCAAAGAAUCAGACUCUAAACCGAGCUCUCCGUGAAGAUAAAGUUGUCUUUUUCCUCCAUCUGCUCGGUCUUGAUACAAAUGGCCACUCCUAUCGCCCUUAUUCUGCCGAAUAUCUACACAAUCUCAAGGUUGUUGAUCAGGGAGUGAAGGAGAUUACCCAAAUUAUCGAGAAUUUCUACGCCGAUGACAGAACUGCGUUUGUGUUUACGGCAGAUCACGGAAUGAGUGACUGGGGUAGUCAUGGAGAUGGACACCCUGACAACACUCGCACGCCAUUGAUCGCAUGGGGUUCAGGAGUAGCUAAACCUGACCUUUACCCCGGCUCAGUCGCACCUGGUCAUGAUGCAUACUCUUCCGACUGGAACAUGAAUCAUGUCCGCCGUCAUGACGUGGCCCAGGCCGACGUGGCCGCUCUAAUGGCAUACUUAGUUGGGACUGAGUUUCCCGCAAAUUCUGUCGGCGAAUUGCCCCUAUCCUUCCUUUCCGCAAAUGAUCGCGAGAAGGCUGAGGCUGUCUUAGUUAAUGCUCAUUGUAUUAUCGAGCAAUACAAUGUCAAGGAAGAGAACAAGCGGGCGACCGAAUUGAGAUUUCGGCCGUAUAAACCCCUCAGUGAGGAAGGGAAGACUGCUGAAGAACGGCUUAUUGGGAUUCGCAGCCUAAUCGAGGCUGGGAAAUACGAGGAAGCCAUUGAAGAAACUGAUUCUCUCAUUUCUAUCACCUUAGAAGGUCUUCGAUAUCUCCAGACCUACGACUGGUUGUUCUUGAGGGGUGUCGUCACCAUUGGAUACCUAGGUUGGAUGGCAUACGCCAUCACAAUAGUGAUCAACCUAUUUGUUCUAGAACAAAGCAUUGCACCUCAAAGGAACUGGACCGGGACCAUUGUAUCAACCUCUAUUCUUGCAGCUCUGUAUGCAUCAUUCGUUAUUUCUAGGUCGCCAGUAACAUACUAUGCCUACGCGUUUUUCCCGGUUUUUUUCUGGGAGGAAGUUUACGCACGGCGAGCCAGUCUUUCGCGAGGCCGGGAACAGUUGUUUGGGCAUAUUCAGUCGGUCGGCGCGUGGCUGACUUUCGUCGUUCACUCUGUUCUUUAUGUGGCCGUUAUUAUGUCACUGGCUCUAGCUUACAUUCAUCGUGAAAUUUUUACUGGUCUGUAUAUUAUUGGAGCAUUAUGGCCGGUAUUCCAAGGGUUUUCUUUCUUGAAAUCACACGCCAUGCUCAGCUUGACAUGGGUGGCCUCGUGUGGUGUGAUGAGCGUGUUCACCCUCCUCCCAGCUAACAAACUAGAGGACGUGAACCAAAUUUUGUCCGGAGGAUCACUUAUGGUUCUGAUUGGACUAUUUUACCUCUCGAUGGAAGAAUACGUGCUUGCAGACUUUUCCUGGACACGAAAAGCCGCACAAGCAAAGCAGAGUUCCCUAAUCGGAAGGACGUUGGCCGGCGUACAGAUCGGUCUGAUAGUACUCUCAAUGCUUGUCACUCGGUCCAGCGUACUAUCACUACAAGCUAAGAAUGGUCUGCCACUUGGUAAUCAGAUCACGGGGUGGAUAGUACUGAUUACUUCAUUUUUGAUCCCCCUUGCGUACCGGCUUGCACCAACUACCAAUUACAUUCACCGAUUGGUGGUAAUCUUCUUGACAUGCGCCCCGACAUUUGUCAUUCUUGCCAUUUCUUGGGAGGGUUUAUUUUAUGUCGCAUUUUCUGUCACCCUUUUCACCUGGUUGCGCCUCGAAUACAGCCUGCAAAGCUUUUCUUUGGCGCGUCAUGCGCAGAAUGGCCACGCCAAACCCAAUGGGAAAGCUCAGCCCCCUCUCUUUAGGCCUCUACGACUCUCCGACGCAAGGGUCGGGCUGUUCUUCUUGAUCCUUCUCCAAUCAGCUUUCUUCAGCACUGGCAAUGUGGCAUCGGUGUCGACCUUCAGUCUUGAAAGUGUUACCCGACUAAUCCCCGUGUUUGAUCCCUUCUCACAGGGAGCACUGCUUAUUGUUAAGAUCCUUAUUCCUUUCGCGCUCAUUUCAGCCAAUCUAGGAAUACUCAACAAACGUUUAGGGGUAGCUCCAUCGGCUCUCUUCAUGUUGGCCAUGGCGCUGAGCGACAUUCUGACUCUCUACUUUUUCUGGGUUGUCAAGGAUGAGGGAUCUUGGCUAGAAAUCGGAUCCACCAUUAGUCACUUUGCAAUCGCCAGCCUUAUGUGCUCAUUUGUAGCUGCGUUGGAGGGUGUCAGUGCCAUGUUUAUCGCGGGCGUGGCAAUCCAUGACACGCCAGCACCCAAAAGCUCAUAG